AUGGCCACAGGCGGUCUCGAACAUGUUAUAACAACGGCUGAAAGAGAGCCUUCGGGCUCCGAUACCAUCCUCCCGCCCGGUCAAAGCGAUCCCCUGCCCGCGGCCGACGGCUGUGUUAUCUGCCUCGACCGCAUUACUGAUCAAGCCACCGCCCUCCCGUGUCGUCACGACCAGUUCGAUUUUCCAUGCCUGGGAACGUGGUUGCAACGGCAGCCUGUCUGCCCAUUAUGCAAGACCACUGUCACCGCCAUCAGAUUUAAAGUCGUCGGCCGAGGUGACGGCAAGAGUCAACUAUUCUAUCUCCCCCCGGCAGAACAUCCGCAACAACCAGCGAACCGGGCCGGGCAUGGCAUCGCGCAACAGCAGAGGCUGAGACGGCAUCGGGCAGAUGGGAGAGGAGGUGGAAAUCGCGGCAGGACUUCUGGUUUUGCGCGACCUGAAAUAUCCAAGGACACCGCGCUCGAUUUCCGCAGGCACGUUUAUCGCCACAAGCUGUACUCUCUCCACGUUGGGUCUAAUCGCAUCUCACGGUAUCGAAAUCUGACACCAGCGUCGUUUGCGAAAGAUGAGCGCCUCACCAGUCGGGCUCGGAUGUUCAUCAGACGCGAACUACAAGUUUUCGACUUCCUCAAUCCGAGUACCGCUCAAUCGUCGAGCUGUUCAAAGUCGAAUGACCGCCGCGCAAACAACGUCGACUUUCUGCUCGAGUACAUAAUCGGGAUCUUAAAGUCAAUCGACCUGAAGGGCAGCACCGGACAAGCCGAGGAGUUGUUGAAGGACUUCCUUGGGAGAGAGAAUACACGGAUAUUCCUCCAUGACCUCGAAGCGUGGUUGAGAAGUCCUUAUGAACAGUUGAGGGAUUGGGAUAGAGCAGUACAGUACGCAAUGCCUGCAGAAGCAGGCAGUGAAGGAAGUGAAAGGACCAACUCCCUACGGUCCAUGGACGUGUGCCGUCCAUCAAGUCAGUCGCGGCUACCAGGGGUUGGUUCCUCCGUGCCUCGAUGGUUUGCCGACAGCUUUGUCCUCCGAGACCACAAUGUUUCAAGGAGGUGA